CUGGUGCAAAUACAAGCUUCCUUCAGCACUUCCUCUACUACAGUGAGCAACAAAGACACAGAUCACUUCCUGAAACUCAUUUCAACGCUGGAACUUCAAGCUUUUAAAAAUGUGCACAGAGUACACUUGUUCAGACUGGCAGUGAAAGAGGAAACACCCUGUUUGUCUGCAGGCAAGAAGAGGCUUCAUUGCAAAGACUUGCCUUCUGUCUGGUGAUUCCUGAAAAGGCUCUCUACAGUCACAAGAGUUGUUCUUUACAGCCCUGCAAACAAUCAAAAUGAGCAAAAGGGACACGCCCAUGGUUAAGCAGCAGUCUACACCCUGCUUUGGGAAAGAUAUGCCUAGGCUUUUCCAAAAAAUGUCGAUGAGCGAGGUGGAUGAGAAAGUACGUCUGCGAGCAGAGCAGGUGUACGCCUCUGCUCUGAAGGAGGAAGACAACAAGGAAGCUCUGUCACUGUUCAACGUGCAGGAGGACUGUCCCAUCGGUCUGCAUGAGGACAGGCAGAGGACGCUGGAGAGGGAGCUGGCUGCACAGUUUUCUGAAGAGUGUGCUAAGAAGAUGAAGAGUUUCAUGUUGAAGCGUUCACAGUCGACUGUUGGUGGUGUUCAGGCCUUUCCUCGUUCCCCAUUGAUCGCCCCAACCACACCUGAACCUUUUCCUCCAGAGAACUUUCCAGACUUCCAGAGAGUAACCAUCAGUGGAGACUACUGUGCAGGGAUCACAGUUGAGGAUUAUGAGCAGGCAGCCCAAAGUAUCCUCGGAGCGCUGUUCAUCAGAGAGAAAUACUGCAGACUGGCAUACCAUCACUUCCCCAGGACCGCUGCACGAUUCCUCCGCAAUGCCGAUAAUGAAGAGUGGCGAGAGGAGGAUGAGGUCAUGCCAGACAUCUGGCCGUUCCCUCAUGAAGGAGAGGACCCAUACUCCAUGGAGGGUAUUCCUGAGAACCUGAACUACGAGCUGCAGAUGAAGGAUGGCAUAGUUCAUGUUUACGACAAUGCUGAGGCCCUGAAACAACAGCAGCCUCACAGCCUCCCUUACCCCGACCUCGAGACCUUUGCUAUAGACCUGAGCCAUGUCCUCGCAAUGAUAGCUGACGGCCCAACGAAAACGUACUGUCACAGACGGUUGAACUUCCUGGCAUCUAAAUUCUAUCUUCAUGAAAUGAUGAAUGAAAUGGCAGAGCUAAAAGAGCUGAAAUGUGUCCCACAUCGAGACUUCUACAACGUCAGAAAGGUGGACACACACAUACACGCGGCUGCUUGCAUGAACCAGAAGCAUCUGCUGAAAUUUAUAAAGACCACAUACCAGGAAGAGACAGAUCGCGUGGUCCUGGAGAAGGAUGGUCAGAAGAUCACACACAAGGAAGUCUUCAACAAACUCAACAUGGACCCGUACGACCUCACCGUGGACUCUCUGGACGUGCACGCUGGAAGGCAAACAUUUCAUCGGUUUGACAAGUUCAACUCCAAGUACAACCCCGUGGGCGCCAGCGAACUGCGAGAGAUCUACUUGAAAUCAGACAACCACAUCAAAGGAGAAUACUUUGCACGAAUCAUCAAGGAAGUGUCCAAAGAGCUGGAAGAGAGCAAGUACCAGCAUGCCGAGCCCCGUCUGUCCAUCUACGGGCGCUCAGCCAGCGAGUGGGAGGGCCUGGCAACUUGGUUCAUCCAGCACAAGCUGCACUCGCCCAACAUGAGAUGGAUGAUUCAAGUUCCCAGGAUUUAUGACAUCUUCAAGUCAAAGAAAAUACUUCCGAACUUUGCAAAGAUGCUGGAGAACGUUUUCCUCCCACUGUUUGAGGCUACAGUCAAUCCACAAAAGCACAAGGAGAUACACGUAUUCCUCAAAUACGUGACAGGAUUCGACAGUGUGGAUGACGAAUCAAAACACAGCGACCACAUGUUCUCUUACAAAAGCCCAAAACCUGAGGCGUGGACCACAGACGAUAACCCUCCAUAUACCUACUACCUGUUCUACAUGUACGCCAACAUCAUGGUGCUCAACAACCUGCGCAAGGAGCGAGGUCUGAACACCUUCCAGUUUCGUCCCCAUUGUGGCGAGGCCGGCUCCAUCACCCACCUGGUGUCCGCCUUCCUGACGGCUGACAACAUCUCCCAUGGACUCAACCUCAAGAAGAGUCCAGUGUUGCAGUACCUGUACUACCUGGCCCAGGUCCCGAUCGCCAUGUCCCCGCUGAGCAACAACAGCCUGUUCCUGGAGUACUCCAAGAACCCUCUGCGGGAGUUCCUACAGAAAGGCCUGCGUGUGUCGCUGUCCACGGACGACCCCAUGCAGUUCCACUACACUAAGGAGGCCUUGAUGGAGGAGUAUGCCAUUGCAGCCCAGCUGUGGAAGCUGAGCACCUGUGAUCUGUGUGAGAUAGCCAGAAACAGUGUGCUGCAGAGCGGACUCUCCCAUCAGGAGAAGAAACACUUCAUUGGUUCCAGCUACCUGGAGGAGGGACCGGCGGGAAACGACAUUCGGCGGACAAAUGUGGCACAGAUCCGCAUGGCCUACCGCUACGAGACGCUGUGCAACGAGCUCAGUUUCCUAGUGGACGCAGUGAAGACAGAAGUUGGCAAUACCAUACCAGAGUGAUGUACCUCUCCAGCACAAACUGUGCUUGAACAUGUCCUUAAUGAUAAAGAGACAAAGGUUAGACUUUGUUUUUUAUUAUAUAUUCUUAAUAAACAUUCUGACGAGUUUUUAUUUUAUGUGGACCCUGGUGCAGGAAUUUAGAUAAGCCUAGUACUUUGAUAUAAAUGUCAUAUCUUGACCGCAUUCAAUGCUGUAUCUAUGGACUUGGCCAGUCAUUGUGGCUCAUUUUAGUGGGAAAGAGGGUUUUUUUCUUUUAUAUGUAAUUUAGUGCACUAGUGAACUAGUCUAUAUGAAAGAGCAUUAGCCACAGAACCUGAUUCAGAAUUAACACAUUCAAUUAGGAGCUUAAAAAUAAUUAUAAUUAAAAAGUUGCGAUGCUUAAUUAACUGUAUCUGUCACUUGCAUAUAUACAUGUUACAAAUGCCUUCCUUCAACUAAGUUUAGAAAAAAAUAAAAUUGUAUACUGUAGUGCCGAGAGAUAGGAGUCGGAGGCGGUGCAUCGAAGGUGCAAAUGGUUACUUUAAUGAGCAACAGAAAUAGACAUAUUGGGUGUUUCUCAAUCGCGAGUACGCUUGCUUGGUAGCACAUGUCUGCCGAGCAUCUUGCUUCAGAAGCGAGUCAAGAAUACUUCCUGGCAUUCGGAAAACGAAGGGUGUUUC